UCUCGCGCGUCGCGAGUUCCACCGAUAUCACAACCGACGACCAAAUUGGACGUUUCACUAAUUUAUAAACGCAUAUUAGUUAGAUGAUAGAACCAGUUUGGUCUUGUGAUUUUUCGUCGAGCCCAAAAUUUUGUCAAAAAGCACAAAACUCGCGAAUGACGACGCAGUGCAAUCCGAUAAGGAGAUAACGCGAAAACAAUUAGUUCAAAAUGAGGCACACAGUGAUCAGUUUUACCCUCUUUGCCACACUUCUCCAGCUUUCGAAAAGCGCGCCCAGUGGAAGCUCUGCACUCCUCUAUUUGUCUCAGUACGGUUACUUGGGCGGUAACUUGCGAAGCCUUAAUUCCAGUGCCCUAACGGACGAGCGCGUUUUGCGUAAAGCCGUGGAGGAUUUCCAGAGUUUUGCCGGUCUCGAUGUCACAGGCGAGCUGGACGAUCGAACUCUCAAAGAAAUGCAACUUCCACGAUGUGGCGUCAAAGACAAAGUCGGGACCGGAGACAACCGUGCCAAGCGGUACGCUCUACAGGGUAGCCGAUGGAAGGUCAAAAAUCUAAACUACAAGAUCUCGAAGUACCCCAAAAAUCUCAACACGAAGGAAGUGGACAAGGAGAUCCACAGGGCGUUCUCGGUCUGGUCGCAGUACACCGACCUGACCUUCACCCCCUCCAAGGGCAGCGCCCACAUUGAGAUCAGAUUCGAAUCCGGGGAGCACGGCGAUGGGGACCCGUUCGAUGGUCCUGGGGGCACCCUGGCCCACGCUUACUUUCCGGUGUUCGGGGGCGACGCCCAUUUCGACGCUUCGGAAAAGUGGACCAUUAACAGCUACCGCGGCACCAACCUCUUCCAAGUGGCCGCCCACGAAUUCGGCCACUCGCUCGGUUUGAGUCACUCGGACGUGCGGGAGGCACUCAUGGCACCGUUCUACCGCGGCUAUGACCCGCUUUUCGAGCUCCACGAAGACGACAUCCAGGGGAUCCAGGCUUUGUACGGGAAGAAAACCCGGAAACCUGGAGGUGGGGGUGGUGGUUACGACGAUUCGGACUUCCAAGGGAGCAACCCGGGGGGUCACAGGGUCCCGGCGCCGGCCCCCACUCCGGUCGAUUCCAACUUGUGCAAGAAUCCGAAGAUUGACACGAUUUUCAAUUCGGCCGAAGGCUACACUUACAUCUUCAAAGGGGACAAGUACUGGAAGUUGACCGAGGAGAGCGUGGCUCCGGGGUACCCCAAAGCCAUCUCCAGCGGCUGGCCCGGACUUCCCGGAGACAUAGACGCGGCGUUCACUUACAAAAACGGCAAGACGUACUUCUUCAAAGGCUCGAAGUACUGGAGGUACAAGGGGCGGAAGGUGGACGGGGACUACCCGAAGGAAAUUUCCGAGGGUUUUACUGGAAUUCCGGAUGACUUGGACGCCGCGAUGGUGUGGAGCGGCAACGGCAAGAUCUACUUCUUCAAGGGUGCGAAGUUCUGGCGGUUUGACCCGUCACAGAGACCUCCAGUCAAGUCCACCUAUCCUAAACCGAUCUCUAAUUGGGAAGGAGUUCCUAAUAACUUAGAUGCUGCCUUUAAGUGGACCAACGGUUACACUUACUUCUACAAAGGCGAUGCCUAUUAUCGAUUUAACGAUAGGGCCUUUGCUGUGGACAAGGCCAGUCCGGCCUUCCCCAGGGCGAUAGCCUACUGGUGGUUGGGGUGCAGCAACGCACCGCAAGGAACCAUCGGAACGAGUGAGUCCAGGGGGUGGCUCCUUGAUGAAGAGAGCGAUCAGGAUUACGCGGGAAGUGAUACUUUAGACACAGUUUUUCAAUUAAUUAAUGGGCUCGGCUACAUUGCAGAAAACUACCGCCGUCCUGCCAGCCACUGAAGGGCAGCCGAAAUCAUUUCUAAGUGAGCACCAUGAGCAAACUCCAGUGCCUGAUGAGGACGUGUCCAGUCCUCAGUUUUACCAGCGAGAGGGCGGAAAUGGAAGUGGUGUAGCCAAACCAUCCCUAAUACCCUUAGUUUUGAUGUUAGUGUACGUUCUUCUUCGGCAAAAUGUAGGAUAAAUUGAGAAUAUUUCGUUUUAUAAACGAGACAGCUCAGACUGAGACAUUAAACUAAUUUACUGUUUUGUGUGUACAUAUCGGUGAAACUUUCGCAACGGCGCAAAAUUUGACAAAGUGCAUCUAUACAUUUCAUUCAUAAUUUAUUGAAGCCAGUAGAUCGUAUUUUUUAUAAUGCUCGUUGUACUAAACCUAGCGAUAAUACUGUGCAAUUGUGAUUCGUUGUUGUUGAUUCAAAAAGUUCACGGAACGCAAAUCUUGUAAAUGUUCUUUUAACUUUUAAGUAAUAAAAUACCUAAAAGUAAA